UAUUUUUCAGUUAAAAUGUCGCCAAUUGGUAUCUAUGUUUUCGCAUUUGUGAUUUUCGUUUAUGUUGCUCAUUGGAUUUUCAGGUGGCGGAAUCCUCCUUGUAAAGGCAGGCUUCCUCCCGGUUCGAUGGGCUUGCCGCUCAUCGGAGAGACUAUUCAGUUCUUCAUUCCAAGCAAGUCUCUCGACAUGCCUGUUUUUAUGAAAAAUAGAAUCAAAAAGUACGGGCCAAUGUUCAAGACAAGCUUGGCAGGACGACCGGUAGUAGUGUCAUCGGAUGCUGAUUUCAAUCAUUUUAUUCUUCAGCAAGAAGGAAAGUUGGUGGAACUGUGGUAUUUGGAUUCAUUUGCUGAGCUUCUUGGCCAAAAUGGUUCUCUUAAAGAGGGAUUUGUUGGAUAUUUACAUAAGCAUAUAAAGAAAAUAGUUUCAGAGCAUUUUGGUCCUGAAAGACUUAAAUCAAAGCUCCUUCCUCAAUUGGAAGACAUGGUUAAUAAAUCGUUGCAUGCUUGGUCUAAGCAAGAUUCUAUUGAAGUCAAACAUGCAAGUUCCACGAUGAUAUUAGAUUUCACUUCAAAGUUACUCUUCAGUUAUGAUUCUGAACAAAAAGGAGAAAGUCUAAGUGAAACUUUUGCAAGCUUUAUAGAAGGCCUAUUUUCUUUUCCUCUGAAUAUUCCAGGCACAACCUUUCACAAGUGUAUGCAGAAUCAGAAGAGUAUUCUGAAGAUAAUAAGAGAAACAAUGGUGGAAAGAGGAGAUUAUGGUGAAACAAGUAGAGGGGAUUUUCUGGACAGUCUAAUAGAAGACCUAAAAGCUGAGAAUAGUUUAUUAACAAACGAUCUUAUAACUUUUGUCAUCUUUGCACUUCUACUCGCCACCUCUGAGACAAUUCCUUCUACUCUAACUCUGGCCAUUAAGUUACUCACCGAACAUCCUCUCAUCAUGCAAGAAUUAGUGAGGGAAAACGAGGAGAUUCUUGUCAACAGGGAAAACAAAGAAACUGGUUUAACAUGGAAGGAAUAUAAAUCCAUGACUUUCACCAUGCAUGUGAUUAAUGAAGCACUUCGGAUGAGCGGUUCAAUUGGUAUAUUAAGGAGAACAAAGGAAGACAUUUAUACAAAUGGAUAUACUAUUCCGAAAGGCUGGACAAUUAUGAUUGUUCCAUCUUCUCUCCACCUGAAUCCAGAUAUUUAUAAAGACCCCCUUGCCUUCGAUCCAUGGCGAUGGAAGGAAUUAGGGCCAAAUGUUCGUGCAAAACAUUUCAUCCCAUUUGGCGGAGGAAUGAGGUCAUGCGGCGGAGCAGAAUUCAGUAAGGUAUUGAUUGCGGUGUUUCUGCAUGUCUUUGUGACCAAAUACAGGUGUAGUAAUGUCAAGGAUGGAGAAAUUGUCAGAACUCCAAUGUUAGGGUUUGGAGAUGGACAGUACAUUAAGGUUUCAAAAAAAACACAGUCUGAAUAAAGAAAGGCGGGUAACUUUUCUUGGCACUUCUUCAAUUAUUGUCUCUCUUUUACUAUAAUCCAUUAGCUUUAAUUCAUAAUUAUAUGUUUCUUAAUUUCUAUUUUUUAUCAUUAUUAUCUUUGAUCUCACUCCGACUCUAUUUUUAUCGAAAUUUAAUGAUGCGGCGGUCAAUUUGAGUUAUAUAAAUCAUAUUAAUAACUUCAUUUGAAAAUUUGUCGGUUGGAAAUAUGACUCCAACUAGCCGAUGCGUCAUAAUUUUUUGAUGAAAAUGGGGAUGGAAUGAAGGUAGAGAUAAAAGUGAUAUAAGAUAAAAAUUGAAAAGGAAUAUAGUAUGAAUUUAAAAUUUAGUAAUUAUAGUGAAAGAGAGAUGAAAUUUGAAGGGAUUGUCAAAUAAAAUUAGCCAAGAAAGACAGAUGUAUAUUAUGCAAUGACACAUUCAAAAUUUUCAUAUUUCAUAAACAUGAUAUGGUUGGCAAGAUGUGUAAUAUAUUAGAUAUGCUUUUACAAGAAAAAAAAAUAUAUUUAUAUAUACCUCAAGUCGCAUUUAUUGUGAAAUGU